GAGUCGAAAAAAUAAUUAUCUAAUUAUCACCAAAAUUAAAUUUCUCUUAAGAAAUAUGACCCCGUACGUGAUCUUUUACUACAGACAGUGAUAACAUAAAAUAAGUUUAAAAUUUUCUCAAAAGGUGUAAUCGAAUUCGUUCGAGAAAUGUGAUACGGAAUAUCGUACGAUAUACAUUACACCUAGAUACAUACAUCUAUACUCUAAUAUUAUAGUAGUGAAGUGUAUUUCAUUCCGGUAACUGCAACUUUAUGGCUUCCAAAAUAUGUUCGCGAGUACAGUAGUUUAUCGGUAAAUAAUACAAAAAUGGCAGAUCCUACAAUUCAAACGUUUUGUUGUUAUCAUGGUAACGGAACUGAUAUGGCUGUUAUGAUUAUGGAAGAAUUCAACACGGAAAUUUACAACAGUAUUUGUUUAUUUUCAUCAGCUUUAGGAAUAAUUGGAGCUUUUUAUCAGAUUUUACCUAGAGAAGAAUUUACACAAAACCACAGAUGGCUGUCUUUUUCUGCUAAGAGAGGGCGCAAUAUCAUUGUCUGGUUAGCUGUGGCCGAUCUUUUAGCAUCUGUAGGUGUAAUGACUCGAUCGACGGUAUGGAUUAGUUUAAGAAACAUAAUGCCUUCAUCUAAAGAUGGCGAAAGUGUCAUAUUUUGUGCUCUGUCUUCGGCUUUCACUCAAUAUUUCUACACUGCAACUUGGGUUUGGACCUUGUGUUAUGCUAUAGAUAUGAGACUUAUUUUAACACAGAAGGAAAGUCCCUUAAAACUAUUCCAUUUGGCAUCUUGGAUCAUACCCGCUUUCUUGACAGCAAUAGGUUUAGUGUUGUUGUAUACACCAGAUGCAAAUUGUCACGGUAGAUUAAGUUUUGGAGACACGCUACUUCGAGUACUUCCCAAUUAUAUUGCUACGUAUGUCCCAAUCGCUACGGUAAUGAUGGCAAAUCCUUGCCUAUACGUAUCAUCUACUAAGGACAUGGAAAGAAUAAUAACUAGCGCAUCGGGACAAUUCACAUUGAAAGAAAGAGAUAUGAUCAAAUCAAUAAAAAUCAAAUUUUUCGUGAUAAAUAUAGUAUUUUACAUUUGUUGGAUACCUAACAUAAUAAAUGGUAUUUUACUGUGGGCUUUAUGGUUCCACCUUCCUGUUAAAGUUGUUAUAUCUUUUUGGUAUCUUAUGGCUUUUGUAAAUCCCCUUCAAGCCGUAUUUAAUUGCAUUGUGUACAGAAGAUGGAGCAGCGGUACUGAAAGAGUAAUAUUACCUUGGCGUCAUUUAGAAGCACGCGCGGAUGAUGUCAAAAGUAGCUCCAGUUCAAAAUCGUCUUCUUAUAGAGAAGAAUUGUAUCCAUUAUUAUAUAAUACGCCUACAAAUAGUGUUAAUUUAUAUAAAAGCGUAUAAAAUGUUGGUAAAUUAAUAUUUUUAUUUUUCCCAUUGGUCUCAACGUUCAUUUAGGUGGUAAAAUUUAGAAAUAAUUCAUUCAGUAUUUAAAGUCAAUAUUAUCGACUGAUAUAUUUCAAAUAUUUGAAAUAUAGCGUAUUUAUUAAAGUUUGAAUUUUUAUAUAAAAGUAAUAUAGUUUCGAUGUAUCAAUUUCAAAUUCAUUAAACGUGUUAAGAAGCUAAAGGUGUCUUUACAUUCAGGGCCGGAUUAAGCUAGGGGCUUGGGGGGGGGGGGGCUAUAGCCCCGGGCCCCAUCAUUUGGAAAUCAUUCUGUAUUUUUUGAUGUGUUGACACCACAAAUCUAACGUAUUGAUAUUAUUUUGUGAAUUUUUCUGGGUUUUCGAAUUCCUUAAGGGGGCCCCGUCAUUAUUUUAGCCCCGGGUCUUAUACAUCUUAAUCCGGCCCUGUUUACAUUGUAAGUCAGAUGUACAACGUGAACUACUAAACAGUCCAGAACGAAGUAAUAUCAGCGAGGUCAUCGUAGUCAUCUAUAGCUUAAAAUUUUAUUGCAUUGUUUUAUACCAUUACUGAAUGUUAAUUAACUAAGACCUCGAAUAGAUUAAAAUGAUGAUACGGCGACUAGUUUUUCUUUGAAAUAAAAAAUAAUGUCAACAGAAAAUUCCCAAAUACAAGGCUAGUUCAGUUAUUAUUCUAACAAAUAAAAACGUUUGUGUAUUAUAAUAACAAUCAAUUAUUAGGUUGUUACAAGUUUUGAAGUUGUUUAAAUUAAUUAAUAAUUAAAAAAACUUUAAUCAAGCAGAUAUAGGAAUGAUCUGAAAUAAAUAAAAGAUAUUUUAUUGUAUAUAUAAUUAUUAACAAUUA